UCGAAACUGAAAUUUUUGGCUUCUUGGAAAAUUUAUCGGCCGAUUUUGCAAUUUUGUAUCAAGAAAACAUGAUAACAUAGAAGAUGGAACAAUUUUGAUAAUUCUUGCAACUCGACGUCAUACUUCAGGAAUUUUUUUAAGUUGAAACUCGGAUUUUCGAAGAAAUUUUUCGUCAAAAUCUUCGAUUUUGUACUAGAAGAACAUAAUCUUGCAGAAGCUGAAGAGAAUGAUUUAAAUAACGGAUCAUUUAUUCAGUUGGCUGAAUAUGAAACGAAAAAAUAGCUGAUUGAAAUAUAGAAGAAAAUAAAGAUACGUAAGAAGCUUUACUUAAGAUCAGCGUUGAAUUGUACUCUUACUUCUCAUCUUAUCUUAAGAAGGUAUUCUAAUACAUGAAUCUUUUCCAAGAAUAUGCGCAAAUGUUUCUCUAACUGUACCGAUGGCUAGUGAUAGCGGGGAGUAUGCACAGUCCUACAGUUGGUACCAGCGCGAUGGAGGAAAUUGAGAAAUUACGAUUUUGCAUAUAUUACGGUUGAGUUUCAGCUUUUGCAUUGAUCAGUAAUUUGAUAUAUCAACCCUAAUUAUUAAGUCAGUUGAAGAAAAUCUAGUAUUACUUGGUAUUGCGUACUAUUUAUGCUGUGAUCUCAAUUAUGGUUUCAUUAACAACUGAGAAGAAUCAACGAUCACACGUAUUAGUACCGGUACUUCUUAGUGCAUGUGUAAUUCCAAUUUCUAUGGUGUUUUGGGUUAUAAAUGUAGCAUAUUCGACUUUUUAUUCGGAUUCUGGAAAUUACUUUAAACAGAAUCUAGUCAUAUCACCAUGGAGAUGGCUAACCGUAGUUGUGUUUCCAAUUUUUAUGGCCUUUUGGGGGUUGAGAAGAAAGAGUGUGGAUAUUAGUGGCGCUAUUCUUGGAUUAUUUAUGGGUUUUGUUCUGACACUUACCAGUUUUUCUCAUGUGGCUUGUCUCUUUGCAUUCCUUUUUUCUUCAACUAAAGCAACUAAGUUUUGUGCUAAGGAAAAGAAAAAGUUUGAAUUUGACUUUAAGGAAGGAGGUCAAAGAAAUUGGAUUCAAGUGCUAUGUAAUGGCGGUAUGGCAACGCAGUUAGGUCUCUUAUACUUAUUGGAUGUAGGAAGUGCAGAGCACCCAAUUGAUUUUGACAAAUAUUACAGAAGUUCCUGGUUGUCAGUAGGAAUCUUAGGGGCUUUCGCUUGCUGUAACGGAGAUACUUGGGCUUCAGAAAUUGGGACAGUUGUGGGUACUAAAGAUCCUUUUCUUAUUACCACACUAAAAAGAGUUCCACGAGGGACAAAUGGUGGUAUUUCCUGGGUAGGUUUGCUCGUUUCUAUACUAGGUGGUAUAACUGUGGGUUUAUCUUAUUAUUUAACAGUAUUGAUAACUGUAGACACAGUUAUACUGCAAUUAGCAGCGCCACAGUGGCCAAUUAUUAUUAUUGGAGGAAUUGGAGGUCUCUUUGGUAGUGUAAUAGACUCAUUUUUAGGAGCUAUGUUGCAAUAUUCUGGAAUAAAUGAGAAAGGGAAAAUAGUAGAACGUCCUGGAAAGCAUGUGAAACACAUAUGUGGUAGACAAAUUUUGGAUAAUCACAGUGUAAAUCUUUUAUCUAGUGUUAUCACUGCACUUACACUACCAGAAAUUGCAAAAUUAAUUUUAAGUAUUUAAGGAAAUACAUGUAUAAUUAUAAUGUCAUUAAGUGUAUAUAUAUAGUUUUUUGCAUGUUCAACCAAUUAUAUAUACAUGAAAGAAAUAUAUUUAUGGCGAAUAUUUUCUACAUCUCUAUUUUGUAUAAAAAUUGCGUGAUGAAAUUUGAUAUGACUUAUAAUUUAUAUCUAUAAAAAGCAAAUAUGUAAAAGUUGUAUUCUUUGGAAGUAGGCUUGAAAUCAAAAAUGUAUUUAAAAAAUAUUAAAUUACAUUAUAUAAAGUUAUAUUUUGAUUGUAAUUUGAAUCUCAAUAAAAACUUACUAAGCACAACUUAAUA